AUGGCGCCCAAGAAGCCUGUCAAGCGGGAGAAGGUCCUCCUCGGACGGCCGGGCAACAGUCUGAAGAGCGGUAUAGUUGGUCUGGCCAAUGUUGGAAAAUCUACUCUUUUCCAAGCCAUCACCAAAUCUACACUGGGAAACCCUGCCAAUUUCCCCUAUGCCACAAUUGAUCCUGAGCAGGCUCGAGUUAUUGUACCGGAUGAACGUUAUGACUGGCUGUGCAAGCACUACAAGCCCAAGUCAGAGGUUCCGGCUAACUUGACAGUAUAUGAUAUUGCUGGUCUUACCAAAGGAGCAUCCACAGGAGCUGGUCUUGGAAAUGCGUUUUUGUCUCAUAUCCGUGCUGUAGAUGCCAUCUUCCAGGUUGUACGUUGCUUUGAUGAUGCUGAGAUCGUGCACGUGGAGGGUGAUGUCGACCCUGUUCGUGAUCUAAACAUCAUCAGCGAGGAGCUUCGUAUCAAAGAUAUUGAGUUCGUGGAGAAGGCGCUUGAAGGUUUGUCCAAGCAGACCAGACGAGGCGGUCAGUCCCUUGAGAUGAAGAAACUCAAAGAAGAAGAAGAGAUUGUCGCCAGAGUCCUUGCUUUCCUCAAGGAAGGUAAUGAUAUUAGAAAAGGUGACUGGGGCCCCAAGGAGGUCGAUGUGAUUAAUCCCCUCUUUUUGUUGACUGCCAAACCUGUGGUUUACCUAGUCAACCUUAGCGAAAAGGAUUAUAUCCGCCAGAAGAAUAAAUAUAUCCCCAAGGUUGCCGAAUGGAUUAAAACUAACUCCCCUGGUGACCCCAUUAUUCCUCUCUCAGUCUCUUUCGAGGAGCGUCUAGCGCAGCUCGGAGAUGAUGCUGCAGCUGCUGAAGAAUGUGAGAAGCUAGGCACCAAGUCUGCUUUGCCAAAAAUUAUUGUCACCAUGCGCCAGAGUCUUAACCUGGGCAGCUUUUUCACUACUGGUGCGGAUGAAGUUCGUCAGUGGACUAUCCGUAAGGGCACCAAGGCUCCACAGGCCGCUGGUGUUAUUCACACAGAUUUUGAAAAGACCUUUAUCCAGUGUCUUGUUUUUAACUUUGAUGUACUAAAAGAAUGCGGUGAUGAAGCUGCCGUAAGAGCAGCUGGUAAGGUCCUCACUAAGGGCAAAGAUUAUGUUAUCGAGGAUGGAGAUAUCGUCCUGAUCAAAGCCGGUGCGGCCAAGGCAUAG